GCUCACGCUAUAUUCACAUUCUUAGCUAGCUUCAGCCUUCCUCAGAUAUCACUCCAUGUUCGGCUACAGGGAGCUAUGGAUGCGUUCGAGGACCUGCACCGGUCAGUUGCUAUUCAUCUUGCUUGCUCACUCCACCGGCCUAGGCAGAUAUGUUUUCUAUUCCAGACCGGGUUACAUCUUAGCCCUCGUCCGCUCCGUUUAGCGUCCGUCCCGUCCGACUCCGUCCCGAAUUCCGUCACACCGUAGACAAUGACCUUAAAGUGCUUUACGCCACCCAGCCAGGCUACCAGGUUUGACAUAGUCGCCGUUCCAGCAAUCGGAGCGAACCCUAUCGUCACCUUUCGAUAUCCCGGCCAGCCAAAGCCUGACCUCCGAGACUUGUCGAAAUGGAGACACAUGUUCUCCGCAGUCACAGAUGCGCGGGUGUUCAUGUACACCUUUGACCCUCCGGAAGACGCCAAGUCCCACGGCAUCACAAAGUAUGCGGAAGACCUCCUUCGCGAAAUGGACGACCAGGGCCUAGGCUCCAACCGUCCCAUACAUUUUGUCGGGCACAGCACUGGCGGCAUUGUGGUUAAGAGGGCUCUAGUGGUAGCCAACGGAAGCAACAAGCCCAGGAUUUUGCAGAUCAAGAGAGACUGUAUUAGCGUUGCAUUCUUCGGCACGCCUCAUCAUGGAAGUACUGUGCUGUGCCAAAGCACAUACAAGCAAGCCGUUGCCGAUCUCUUAGGCCUCAACAUACCCAUGAGUGAGCGAGUGCGCCAAGAUUUGCUCAAGAUCGAGAACAUCGACGGAGUCGGCAGCUUUAGUCGCGUAUUCCAACCCCUCACAAUCAAUAUGGAGAAGAUUUGGAGCUUCCACGAGGCGAUGGCGUCCAAGCUCCAAGUGAGGGCGAAAUCCAGCACCGGCUCCGGUUCUACGACCAUCGCCCGACUCGUCGUCGAAGAGCGAAGCGCAGCACUGGACGGCGCUAGCUUAGCUCGGUAUCCAGUUGACUGCGAGGAACUAAUUCCUAUUAUUGCGGAUCAUGCAUCUCUUCCCCGCUUUGGCGAUCGCCCCAAUUCCAGGGCAUAUGCCAAAUACAUUGAAAAGCUUCAGCUUCAGUUCAGGGCGAUCGCAACAGUACGAGGAGAGGGUUUGGAUCCCCGAUGGCUAGAGCACAAAUUGACAGUCGAAGUCCAUCGCUUCCACAACCUCGAGGAGGACAACCAAAUGGGCAUCAAGCUAUGGUCGGUUUAUCCGCUGCUUUACGAUUUGCUUGAGGACGGCCCUGAGGCUUGUCUCAACAACAGAAUUGCUUCAGCCCUUCGUCCCACCACGGCAAUAGAACAAACCGCCAGGAAAGAUCCGCCGCCUCCGCCUUCAGAGUCUGCCGAGCCGAACCCGAAUCGGCCUCGUCCGCGUAGUAAUUCGUCUCCCGAUCGCCAGGGUAACGCGAAGCAGCCCUUAAAGCUUCAGGUUGAGAACUCAUGCAAAGGAUCCGCGGAUGCCCACCACGAACGUCGGCCACAAAGCGCAUCCACAUUGGUCGACUCGGAUCCAUCCAAGGCUAGUCGCGAGGAGUCCUCACGCCCUAACAACCAGCGUGACGAUGACGCAGAGAGUGACAUUAGCUCACCCUCUGCGUAUUCACUUCCAGAAGCCAGUCGCUUCCGCUGGAUUCACAUUCCAUGUAAUCAUCUUGUUUGGGUCGAGAAGAUCUUCCUUGCUGUGGAAAAAGAGCGUGAGAAACAGUGGUUUGAUGAGAUCGCCGAGUCAACGCCCACCAGUGCGGAAACGGAGAUCAUGGCUCAGUCAGCUAGCCCACAAGAUAUAACAAUGGCCGAGACGCCCACCGAGUUACUGGAAAAUGCCCUGGAGGAUCCUCUCGUAGCAAAUCUUCUCAAAGCCAAAGAGCGUGUAGAAGCGAAGGGCAUAGCUGUACCCGACCUGAAGGAGGUUCUCAUGGAUCCUCGUCAACAAGCUCACCUGCUUAAACUGGCACAGAACGUCUCUACGCAGAAGCGAACUAAUUUGAUUCCCGAAGCGGCACAGGUAGUCGAAGAGAUCCGCGAAAACCGCAUUAUUGUGGGUACGAUAAAGGAGAAGAUUCGUGAAGGCCAAGUGCCAGACCCCUCAGUAAUCACCCAGAAGCUGCGCGAGGAUAGAGAUCGACCGAGACUCACGAGUGCUGUGUUGGACGAGGGAUAUUGGACGCGGAAACAGAGGAACUCUCGUCACGGACUACCGCAUGGGAGGUACAUGGAGUCCUUCUGCCAAAUAUUCCUGCCGAAACGCUCGAUCGAAACGGAGUCGAUCAUGGGUGAGACCAUAGAGCAAUACGUGGCGCCAAUCUCCAGUCCCAUUGAGUCUCCGCAGCUAUGCUUCUAUAUGCCUUACCUCCAUUGGGAUACCUUUGGCAGUAUGGAAGCGCGCAACAAGCUUGUCAAGGAAAGGCUGAGGUUGCCCGUUAGCUUGGUUCGGAACCGUGCAGUCGAGCGCGGAGUCUCAAUGGAGCAUAAGUUGAUAUGGCAGUAUCUCGUCGACACCUCGGGCCUCCCAUUACACAUCCGGCGCACUCUUGAUCAGUUCGGCGAUCCCCAUCUAGAGGACAUGGGUUCUCGUGAUAAAGACCAGGUUCUCUACAAAUGCACGAAGCCUGCGGAUGAUGAUCCAAUGACCAAGGAGAUAUUUCAUUCCGCCAAGAACCGCGCGACAAGGGCAGAGGACGCGAAAGUGCUGAUGGUCGAUCAGCUCUGGUGCUAUGUGAUUGAUUCAAACACGGUUGCGACUUUCUUCACGCCCAAAGAGGAUACAGCUUCUAGACCUCGAACUGGGUGCGAAAACGGCUCCCGACGUGGAAGCCACACGAACGAAUCUGCGAAGAGUCCGGCCGACUUAGGUGUUGACAUCCCCGGAGACUUACGCUAUCAGCUGUAUGCGGAUAUCAACGGAGAUCAACGCUUUGCAAGGCGAUGUUCCGACCCAUUCGAUUUCGUAGCCGCCACGAUAUGGCACGCGAUCACCGUGUUUCUCGAUAGAGCUGCCGACGAGGACCUUCAAGUAUUUACUCUCUUUGAAGAGAGAUUAUGUGAAUUGGUUGAUUACCGCAUCAAGUCGUUCAAGGAGUUCCGCGACAGUCAGGCGAGCGCAUCGAAGAUCUUCCAGCGUAUGGGAUACCACAGCUCAGCAACGGGCAACGAGUUCCAGAAGAUCAUUGAGGCACUAAACCCAAGCCAUGACCUUACAGCCCUGAUAGAGCUACGUGACAUUCAAGAUGAGCUAGGCAUGAUCAACACCGUCUUUUCCAAACAAGCCGUGGUCGUCAAUGAUCUCAUACACGCCUAUGGGCUCUUGGAUAGGGCAAAGGACAAGUCUGAGCCUGGAAACCACGGCCAAGCGGUCCGAUGGCUCGAGGAUGCAAAGACUCAGGUCAUACGCUAUCAAGAGAGGCUAAAACAUCUCUGCGAAGAAACGAAGAACUCACUCGAAGAAUACAAAUUCCUGCUCGACAUGAAGCAGAAGCAGAGCAACGUCAUCGAAGCGUACUUUGCUCGUAUCGCCGCGCAAACUCAGGGUCGGCAGAACCGCUCCAUUCUGAUAUUCACCAUAUUCACUGUCAUCUUCCUCCCGCUAAGCUUUUUUACCUCUCUCUUCAGCAUGAACGUGCGGGAAUGGACGGGCACCGAAAAAAACAAAACUCUUCACACAGUCCUGGCACUAAUGGUUCCCGUCUCGGUCUUCAUCAUAAUUGCCGUGCUGUUCCUCGCUUUUACGCAGCCCAUCCUUGACGGCACGACGAAGGCGGCGACACGGACAGUGAACACGGUCAAGAAUGGGCAUAAGCACUUCCAUAAGCUGAGAAACUGGUGGAAGAGGCGAUGGGAUGGGGCCAGCGAGGAGGAAGAGGAGGACAUGGCGGAGGUAGGCACGAAGCCGGGCAUGCCUGACGCUGGGAGCUGGGUGGGUAGCUGCUUGGAUCUGGAAGGGCCGGAACAGAGGAUGGAAAUGAGGCGGAGGUGAGAAACGAGGGUUCAGAAUGAGGGUCGUGGGAGACGGCCUCCGUGGAGAGUUUGUUAAUCCUGUGAGUAGGUGUAGUGCAUCCAUUCUACGUAGCUCGUUUACAUUAAACCACCCAUUGGCCAGCUCGUUGAUCGUUCCCUCGGCACCGGAGAUAGCGGAGCGCGCAAGGUCGACUAGCUUAGGUGUAGCCGUAACAACCGCAAUGUUGCCCCGCUCUACAAAUUCCCUAGUGUCGCAGCACUGGUCGUG